GAAAAAAUUUUACUAUUAAAAUUAUAAUCAAUAUACAAAACUAACGAUUUCAAUUGAAUUUUUCGAAAUGAAAAGACAGCCCAACUGCGUUAUUUGUUGAAUCAAACUUUCGGGCUCGUCAACAGAAACUGAGAAAGACAUGGAUGAAGUAAUCGGCUUAGAAACAUGGCAAGGAUGACAAGCACGAAAGUGGUAUUUUCCGCCCUCGGUGACUCCAAUCGAUACACUGCAGUGCAGAAAAGUGACAUCAGAAGCCGAAGACACUUAAAAAAUUCGGAAUCACGAAACGAUCUGCUUUUUUCCGCUCCUUCACGUAACUUCGUUACUUUUUAACCGGAAGUUUUGAUAAUUCAUUUGCUAGGAUUUUGUUGACAUUUUUUCGUCCCUUGACGCAACUGGUUCCCUAAUCUAAUAUUAGAUCGUCCGAAUUUCCGCUCGAUUUAUCCCACGAACAAGGAAUUAGGGAUUAACGCAAUAAUGAUUCAAACAAAUUUUUGUGCUUGAGGAUUUAAAAAAAAGGGCUUAUUCCCGGCCCGUCAUUGCAUAUUUAGCGCAAAAUACUUUGGGUGCUGAAACCCAAUUUUCGUUCAUUGUCAACUUUGAUGAAAUUUCAUCCUCGUCCCUCGGCCCGACGCAUGCCCGCCGCCACUUUUCAGGCGUCGAGUCGGCAACUUUCAGGAUUUCAGUACCACAAAAUGGCGCACAGGGGUAAAAAGCUCCAGCGCUCCGACGAUCGCCAAAGCUACAUCUCACGUAUGAGAGAACGCAAACAGAAGAAACUUUACUCGGAGGAUUGGGCGCUCGGAGAUGACGAGAUCGAGGGCCGAAGGUCGUUCAAUCUCCAGGAAAAACUGGAGAAUCCGCUCUUCGCCACGCACAACAUCGUCAAGGAAAUGCACGGGAAUGAGCUGAAUGUGGCGUAUUUUCAAAAACAUGGGUUCAAUACGCCCCUGCUCUUUAAAGAGAAGACCGGAUUGGGUUUGCGCGUCCCGACGUCGAACUUCACGAUCAACGACGUCCGCAUGUGCGUCGGUUCGCGUCGCAUCCUCGACGUAAUGGACGUCAACACGCAAAAAAACAGCGAAAUGACAAUGAAAGAAUGGCAAAAGUACUACGAAGACCCCGCCAAAGACAAACUCCUCAACGUCAUCUCGCUCGAAUUCUCGCACACAAAACUCGAAAACUACGUCCAAAGCCCCACAGUCGUCCGUCAAGUCGACUGGGUGGACUGUGUUUGGCCACGCCACCUCAAAGAAAGCCAAACCGAGGCCACCAACCUCCUCGAAGACAUGAAGUACCCCAAAGUGCAAAAGUACUGCCUCAUGUCGGUCAAGGGCUGCUACACGGACUUCCACGUGGAUUUUGGCGGGACCUCCGUCUGGUACCACAUCCUCAAAGGCUCCAAGGUCUUCUGGCUCAUCCCGCCUACUGAGCACAACCUGGCUCUGUACGAACGGUGGGUGCUUUCGGGCAAACAGUCGGAUAUUUUUUUCGGAGAUACGGUGGAUAAGUGCGCGAGGAUUGUCCUCACGGAGGGUAACACGUUUUUUAUACCGACUGGGUGGAUACAUGCGGUUUAUACGCCGAUGGAUUCGCUGGUUUUCGGUGGGAAUUUUUUACAUUCGUAUGGAAUCGAUAAACAGUUGAAGAUCGCGCAUGUUGAGGAUACCACCAAAGUGCCGCAAAAGUUUAGAUAUCCGUUUUUUACCGAAAUGUUGUGGUAUGUGCUCGAACGGUACGUGCAUUGUCUCUUAGGGAAUUCACAUCUGACGACGGGACACGAUGUGGCGAUACCGCCAGAUCGGCCCCAUGUGCAUCUGACGCAGGCGGAGCUGCACGGACUGAAGGAAAUCGUCAUGUUCCUGCACAUGCUCCCCGCCAACAAGAAGAACGUCCCCGACCUGAUCCGCGACCCCGUGUCCCUCAUCCAGGACGUGCGCACCCUCAUCGGCCACCACCGGCAGGACAGCCGAGAGCUGGCCAUCACCGGCCGUCCCGUCCUCUGGCUGCCCGACGACCACGAUCGCAAGUCCCUCUACCCGCGUCCGUACGCAAAAUCGAACGGCGUUCGGCCGCCGAAGCCGGCAUUCAAGUCGAAGUCGGGCCUCGGCGGCGGCGCCGGCGACAAAGGCGGCCCGCGCCGCCGCCGCACCCGCUGCAAGAAGUGCGAAGCGUGCCAGAGGAGCGACUGCGGCGAGUGCAGUUUCUGUCUGGAUAUGGUCAAGUUCGGGGGGCCCGGAAGGGCCAAACAGACGUGCAAUAUGCGGCAGUGUCUGCAGCCGAUGCUGCCGGUGACGGCCGCUUGUGUGCACUGCGGCUUGGACGGCUGGAAUCAGACGCCGGUGACGCCGCUGCAGAAGGGGCCGCAGCGGUGCGAGAGUGCCAGCAAUCUUAUGGAGUGUUCGGUUUGCUACGAAAUCGCGCACCCCUCGUGCGUGCAACGCCUCUGCCCCGACUUCACCGGCUACAUAAACGAGGACAUGCCCAACUCGUGGGAAUGCCCCAUGUGUUGCAAACUGGGCAAGAACACCGACUACCGACCUCGCCACUUCCGCGCCCGCCAAAAAUCCAGCGACAUGCGUCGAAUGUCCAUAAGUUCGGACGCUUCCAGCGCAUUCGACUCCAAGCUCCACCAGGAGCACUACUCGGACUCGGGCAGCGAAAACGACAACAAGGACAAUAACAAGGAUCUCCUCCCGAUUAAGAAGCGCCGCAGCAGCGAGGGAACCCCCGAAAUCGAGACGAGCAAAAGCCAAGCGAGCGAUUUACCCCGAAAAACGGCGUUCCGCAUGCAACUCGCCCACCAAAUCGCGAGCAAUUCGACGAAAAUGUUGAAGAAGCCGAUGGUGGUGGUGCGACCGGCGCCCAUUUUGAUGAUGAAUCCGCUGCCGGGGAAUAACCUAGCGUUGGAUAAACGCUGCGUUUUGAAUAUUUUCAAGUAUUUGAGUCCGAAGGACUUGUUGAAUUGUGCGCUGGUUUGUAAGACUUGGGCCACGUAUUCCAUUGAUCCGACGCUGUGGCGGGUCAUGGCCUUCAGUCGGAAGCACAUUUCGUCCGAUAUUCUCAAAGGAAUCGUCCGGAGGCAGCCAGAAGUGCUGAGACUGGACUGGUGCCACAUCAACAAAUUCCAGCUCCCGUGGCUCAUCCAGCGCCUCAGCAACCUCAAAGAACUGUCCCUAGUGAGUGUCAACGUCAAGACAGCCAUCUCCCUGCGCACCAACCACUCGGCCGUCUUACAACACUUAGAUCUCAGUUUCAUCUCAGAUUUCAACGAUGCCGCACUUAGAGAAAUCCUCGGCCCGAACAACGACUCGCGGCGCGGUUUAGCCGACGAGAAAAUACGCUUUCGCAACUUGCGGACGCUUAAACUCGCAGGAACCGACGUUACCGACAUUGCCAUGCGGUACGUGACUCAGUAUUUGCCCAAUUUGCAGCAUCUCAGUCUGAGUCUGUGUCCGCGGAUUAGCGAUGCCGGGAUUGCGCAAUUAACGACUAAGCCGGCAACGACCGUUGGGAGUUUGGUUAGUCUUGAUCUGAGCCACUCGAAACUGGUGACUGAGACGAGUUUGGAACAUUUGGCCAAGUGUGAGAGUUUAGUGCGGUUGGACUGUAGACACUCGUUGCAGAUUUCGACGCAAGCACUGAUCAAGUUUGCCGCGAAAAGUGAUAAGAACUUGCAAGUGAGGGACAUUAAGUUGGUUGAUAAGAGGUUGAAGGCGUGACUGAUACGUAAUUUAUUUCAAUAGGCUUGAUGUGUGAGGAUUGUGGAUGUGUAUAUAGUAUUAUUCUUUGAUAUAAGUGAUUUGUAUGAGACAUAGCGGAAAAUACAAUUUUUUAUAUUAUU